AUGCAACACUAUUCCGGGAAGAACUUUGCCAACGUCGCGAAGCCAGCGAGACAAUUAGCAGCGUCAUAUUCAGCAAGCAUUCUGUGCAUGGUGAAUAUUUUCGCUCCACCUCGUCGUUCAAACACUGCUGUCACCAAUAAAAUUAAUGACUCUGCCUUCAUGAAGCUCACCAAUGAUGACAUAAUGAAGGCAGCGUCUAAGGGCGACUAUGAGUCACACUGUGUCAAGACCGACAAGGGCAAUGACGUCAGCAUCUAUCUCAAUACUGCACUUGAGUUCCAAGACGCGCGGUGGGAUUUCAACAUUGUCAGCGAAGUCAGAUUCGGGGAGGUCGCCGGCUGA